AUGUUGGGUUGUUUUACGCAUUCAAGUGGAUUCUCGUAUCUGUGCGUUUGCUUGCUCAUAUAGCAAACAGCUGAUAACACCCUUAGAGAUGGAUGGGCGAAAGAGAGCAAUGUGAUGUUUCCUGUUUUGUGCUGCGCGAAUCUUUUCAUUGUGCGCAACAAUAAAAUGCAUCCGAUUGAGAGAAGAGCGAAUCUCCUGCAAGGAACUUAUCCACUGGACUGGGACUGAAUUUGAAGCUGAUAAGAUUAGUCCCUUCAAAGCCAUAGACUCUAUUGGUUGAAGUGUCAAUUCAAGUACUUUGUGCGUUCCCCGGGUGGAUUAAGAUGGAUGUAAUGGAUUGUUCGGUCAAGGGAAAAUCAAUCGUUGUAACAGGUGCCGGACAAGGCAUCGGAAACGAACUAUGCCGUACGCUUGAUCGUCUGGGUGCAAAGGUGAUCGCAGUAUCUCGCUCGAUAGGACCGCUGGAAGAAUUGAAAGCCAAUUGUCCACAGAUUGAAACGAUCCAGGUGGAUCUUAGCGACUGGAAACAAACCAGAACCGCAUUAGCUCCAUUGGGAAAGGUAGACGGAUUGGUAAAUAAUGCCGGUGUUGCCGUUAUCAAACCUUUUCUCGAGUUGACCGAAGAAGAUUACGAUCGCACAUUCGAUGUGAAUGUAAAAGCUGCAUUUAACGUUGCUCAAAUUCUGGUUCCGAAAAUGGACGCCGGAUCGAGUAUCGUAAACGUAUCAUCGCUUGCAGGCCUGAAAGCUAUUCACGGACACUGUGCAUACUCAAUGUCAAAGGCGGCCAUCGAUGGACUGACGCAAAAUCUUGCCCUGGAACUUGGCCCACGCAAGAUUCGUGUCAAUAGCGUUAAUCCGACGGUCAUACUAACACGUAUGGGGCGCGAAAAUUGGUCCGAUCCGGCUAAGGCAGAUCCACUGAAGGCGAAAAUUCCACUCGGACGAUUCGGUGAGGUAAGCGAGGUGGUGGAACCGAUCAUUUAUUUGCUUAGCGAGCGGUCGAGCUACAUCAAUGGCCAUUGCCUUCCGAUUGAGGGUGGAUUUUUGGCUGGAAAUUGAACAUGAUCGGAUAGUGGAGAAAUUAUUCUCAUCAUACAGCGAACCGAUAUAUUUUAUCAUUUGAAAUUUUAUUUUCAUUUAUUGUGUGGCUUCUUUUUCUAAUGGUGUAUGUGGUAAGAAAACUCAUGAAAUAAAAGCAUAAAUAUUUUACCGCCGUUGGUGGAAAGUUAACUAAA